UGUCUAGUGUCUGAACGGUCGGCAGUUGUCAACUAUUUUGUUUUGUUGAAAGGUAACUUCACCCUGAGAGCACGGUCCCGAAGCUCACCCACAGACCCCCCACCCCGCCCCCCACCCCAACCCAAAUUUUAUCCUUUUUGACUUCCUCUGAAACAUUUGAAGAAAUGGGUUCAGGGCAAAAGGUUUUUGCUUAUGAAGAAGUGGCAAAGAACAAAGAAAGGACAGGCUGUUGGCUUUUGAUCUCUGGAAAGGUGUAUGAUGUUACCCCAUUCCUGGAGGAGCAUCCUGGAGGAGAUGAAGUCUUGCUAGCUGCUAGCGGAAAAGAUGCGACGGAGGAUUUUGAGGAUGUAGGUCACAGUGAUGAUGCAAAACAGAUGAUGGAAAAAUACUACAUUGGUGAGAUUGACAGUGCCACAGUCCCCGCACCUAAGAAGGACAAAGCACAGACAUCAGCAGUAACUCAUAAACCCGAUGAUCCUGGCUGUCUGAUUAGGAUUUUGCAGUUGCUGGUACCCCUCUUGAUCUUGGGUUUAGCAUUUGGUUUGCAAUUCUUGGGCAAAAAAGAAAAAGCGGAAGAUUAGAUUGCAUACUUUUUACAUCAUGGAACAUUGAAAAAGAGCCAACUUGCUCAGUAAAAGCUUGGUGAAAGCUGCCUUUGUUGUAAUGUUCAUGACUUCUCUUUCUACCAUUGGUUGCUAAUAAUGAUGGCUUAGCAUAUGUCAUUCUUAAUCUCUU